AGUCAAUGAACAAAUUUUAAAGGCUAGCCUUCAAACUCUCCCUUAUGGAUUGUAUCUCUUCCAAGGGGCUGUGCCUCUCAAGUCCCGAGAUGACAGCACUGGAUAUCUGCUCUUAAAUUCAAGAUAUCUAGCACUGAAUGCCUUUCAAAAGCAGUUUGGAAUAGACAGCUGUACUCCGAGUGUAAGUUUCUCUUCCUAAGGCAGCCCAGAUAUAGGAAACAUAGCAACUUGCAAACGUACUGCAUAAACUUGAGAGAUGCUAUCAACUAGAGGAAAUCAGCGAAUUAACUUAGUCCUAAUCAUUGUCAAAGGGCAUUUUCAUGUUGAAAUGUUACAUAUGUGUGUGUGUGUGUAUUGAGCCUCACUGUGGAGGUGGCAGCCUUUUGGUGACAGUAACUACUGGACAGUCUGUCUUGAUGUUAACGAGGGGACAAAGACUUAGACUUGGCUGAAAAAAAGAACCUACCUGCUGGGGCCGAAUAGGACUGUCAAUGGCAGGCUACCAGCUCUGGUCACCAUGGACCCCACUGGAUGAGAGCUUCCAAUGGCUGCGGCACACUACACCUACCCCCUCCUCCAAACACCCUUUUAGGGCCUCGCCUUGCUUCCCCCACACCCCCUCUGACCUUGAAGUGCAGUUGUGCCUUCAAGAAGUCACACUUGUCCUAGACAGCCCACUUGUGGAACCUGGAGAGAGCCCCAAGUUACCCUGUCACACAUCAGAGCUCCGAGCCGUGAGUAACAAGAAGGGAGUGGUGAGGAGACCCAAGCCAGUCCGCCUCAGUGGAGUGGAUUCUGUUUUUGGUAGGGUCAUCACAGCCCAGCCACCCAAGUGGACUGGAACCUUCAGAGUUUCCGACAAGUCAGCCUUCUGCAAAAUAAUCAGCAGGGAGCACCAGUGGCCUACAGGACUGAAGGAGCCUCAGAUCCAAAUGACAGUGACUAUGUGCAAACAGAUGCUUCGCUCAAUUCUCUUGCUGUAUGCUACUUACAAGAAGUGCACCUUUGCCUUGCAGCACUCCAAGUGAAGGGUCCCCAUUGGACCCUGUGUGCCAGCCACACCAGCUCUCUGGUAUGUACCCAAAGCUUGCACAGACCUAUCCACAUAAAUCAAACUGACAUCAUGCCAGAUAUUUUGCCUUUGGGUCAAGCUGUGACAGUUCAGGAGAUCCCCUUCUCCCUUCUCUUCAGAACUAGGACCAUGAUACUGAGCAAGAAAGAGCAUUUCCACUCUAAAGCUGAAUGGCCAUUUAAAAGUAAACCUAACUCUGAUGUCCACAUGUGGUAAUGAUUACCUUAUCAUAUAAGUCAGCCUAGUGUGAGCACAGCUUAAAUGCCAAAGACAAUGAUGAGCUGGUGAAGAAAGGGAUGCCAAGAAAAGACAGGUAUGGAUCUCUGGGUAGCAGAGGAUGAAGGGGUCAAAAAUCUGUACAUGGGUUAAGGACUAAUUUAAAAACAGCAUUCCCUCCUCAAACCAAUGUGAACAAGAAAAAAACCCAACAGCCCAACAAAACAACUUUAAUACUGGUAUGAGUGAAAAUAUUAGCAAACAUUAAAUAAUCUUAAUGGCAUAGUGAGGAAGGGCCUGGCAGCAGCUCUGAGACUGGGCUUCCUGGCAGAAGACAGAAGAAUCCCCUAUUUUAGCUCCUGAUGUUCUAUUUCUAAUAAACUACAAUUAUUGUGUAUGAUUCUUACAAAUAGAUUCCAGGCAUAAUUGAGAAUAAUGUGGAAAUAAAUACUAUAUAUACAU